AUGGAAGCAGUCACCAAUGCUCACUCCGACGGCGAAGAAUCGACCUGGAAUGAGGAAGAAGCUCACCGGGAAGCUUCAUUGUUGCACCAAGGCCAACACCAGGAACGCUGGAGUCCAGAAAGUCACACUGAAAAGCCUGGCGAUGUAGCAGAUGCUACCUUCGGGCUGGGUGGAAUGGUUGAUCACAGUCUGACCCAUUCUAUUCAUGCAGAAGCCAAUUUCCAAACGAGUGGCGAGCAGAAAAUACCAGGUUCCGACAGCGUGGCAGAACGACUUGAACAGCAAGUUGAAACCGAUCAUCAAGUUGACUAUGGCCUCUCGCUCGACAGUUCUGGAUCUCCGCCCGUCGACCGAGUGGCUCGUUUGGCCUCGGUUACAUCCUACGAGCAACAACUUUUGACUCCAGAUCCUACUCAGGAAGUGGCUCUUGGUAAUCAAGCUCUGACUGAUCAUGGGAAAAACGAGCCAUCUUCCAUGUCUCAUACACAGGAACCCUCUGCGGGUCUGAACAUAUCUCUCCAAACUGCAUCACAUUCUGCUCUUGGUGCCACCGAUCUUGUUAAAGAAAACGUCUCUCAGCCAGAUACCCCGAGACUCACUCAAAAGGAGCAGGAAGAUAAAAAUGACGCUGUGCCUCUUUCUGAAUCUGCUCAGAUUGACGAAGAGCUAGUUAGCCAAGACAUCUCAGAUAUGAUCGUCAAUGACGCUCCCCAAACCCCCACGGUGCUCAUCACCCAUCCUCCAGCCCCCGAUCGUCAUGCCCCCGGCUUGCGCAGCAAACUCUCAUAUUUCGCUCCUCUUGCUACCCUCAUUGAUCAUUUCAACACCCUGGUGGACACGAUUUCAAUUGUCCAUGAAGUAUCCCCGAUAGCACGGGCCACAUCCGGGCCCAAAGACUACUUCGUCACAAUCGAGCUCACCGAUCCGUCUAUGGCUGGAACGACGCUUUCUGCGCAAAUCUUUCGACGAUAUAAAUCUGUCAUCCCGAACCUGGCCGAAGGAAAUGCCAUUUUGCUGCGCGAUUUCAAGGUCCGCAGCUUCAACCAUGCAAUCAUGCUUGUCAACGUCGAAUCCAGCGCAUGGGCUGUGUUCGACGGCUCAAGCCCCGAUGCCGAAAUUACCGGUCCGCCCGUUGAAUACAAGUCAGAGGAACGCGCCUACGCAUCGGGCCUGCGACGAUGGUAUGACGACGUUGGCUCGGCCAUGGUCGCCGAUAACCAGCUUCAAGCAUCCAUUGAAAGGGAAAGUGUGGACAGAGAGCCCACUCCGAGCAGCGUGGCGCCCAGCGAGUCUGAUAGUCUAGAUUCAGUAUGGCGUGGAACGCGAGGCUCUCGGCGCUUGCGGCGAAGUCAUCGGCGGGUGACAAUCCAUGAGCUGAGAGAUGGGACGCGCUAUACCGAGGUGGGAUCUCCCAGCAGUAAAGAUAGCAUUCAUGAGCUGCGGGAUGGCACGGUGUAUGCUAAUCUAUGA